AGCUUCACAAAUCGCUGCUUUUAAUUCUAGGCACAUUCACGGAGGAAUUUACCAUCCAUCAUCUUUUCUUCUUCUGCGGUGUCGACGCUCUUCCUGAUUUAUUUUAAGUUCCUUAACCGUACAAUUUUGUUCAAAAGCUUUAAAUUGCCUGGACAUAAUUGUUCCACCUGACCAUGCAGAAAACCCCGGGAUAACAACACACUGCAAGGAUUAGUGUAGUUCAUAAAGAUCACUGCGUUUUUGUUUAUAUAUAUAUAUAUAUAUAUAUAUAUGUCAUAUCUUAUACUGGAAUCGCUGUAUUAAUUUUAACAGAUUUUUCUAAGAAAAGGAACAGGAAAGGAGGAAACCCUCAAGCAGAGUCAUGUCCUUCAGGAGGGGUGUUGUCAGGCAGAGUAAGUUCAGGCAUGUGUUUGCCCAGGCUUGGAAGGCUGAGCAUUGCCUCGAUGAUGUCAGAGUGUCGCGCGUGACAUGGGACGGUCCACUGUGCGCUGCCAAUCCCAAGUUCAUUGCUGUUGUCAUUGAGGCCGGAGGAGGUGGAGCCUUUCUUGUGUUACCGCUCGCCAAGAGCGGUCGAGUGGACCAGAACACCCCGACCGUGUGCGGUCACGCCGCUCCAGUGCUGGAUGUGCAGUGGUGCCCACAUGAUGACAAUGUUAUUGCCAGUGCCUCAGAGGACUGCACUGUCAAGAUUUGGCAGAUUCCUGACGGAGGUCUGACUUCUCCCAUGUCUGAAGCUGUUGUGACUCUCGAGGGCCACAGUAAAAGAGUGGGCAUCCUGGCCUGGCAUCCUUCUGCUCUGAAUAUCCUGUUGACUGCAGGAUGUGAUAAUGUCCUGUGUGUGUGGGAUGUGGGCACCGGGGAGCUGGUGUACCAGCUGAGUGACGCCCAUCCAGACCUGAUAUACAGCGUGAGCUGGAACCGCGAGGGCAACGUUCUGUGCACCACCUGUAAAGACAAAGCCUUACGAGUCAUUGAUCCCAGGCGUGGAACAGUCCUUAAGGUGCGGGAGAAGGCUCAUGAGGGCACCAGGCCGAUGAGGGCUGUGUUUCUGGCUGAUGGGAAAAUCCUGACAACCGGCUUCAGUCGCAUGAGCGAGAGACAGGUCGCCCUCUGGGACACGAGGGAUCUUUCUGAACCAAUGGUUACUCAGGAAAUGGACACCAGUAACGGAGUUCUGCUUCCAUUCUAUGACCCAGACACCAACAUGGUUUACUUGUGUGGCAAGGGGGAUUGUACUAUUCGUUACUUUGAGGUGACAGAUGAGUCACCGUAUGUUCAUUUCCUGAGUCUGUACAGCAGCAAGGAGCCACAGAGAGGUGCUGGUUUCCUAAGCAAACGAGGAGUAGAUGUCAACAAGUGUGAAAUAGCAAGGUUCUACAAACUGCACGAGAGGAAGGUUGAGCCCAUAUCGAUGACUGUGCCGCGCAAGUCCGACCUGUUUCAAGGGGAUCUGUAUCCAGAUACAGCGGGAUUAGAACCCGCUUUACUGGCAGAAGAUUGGAUAGCAGGACAGGACGCUCCUCCAAUCCUUGUUUCCCUGAGCGGAGGCUACACGGCCCCUCCAUCCAAAUGUGGCACGCUCCGGGGUCGACCCAAACUGCUCUCUCAGACCAACACUAGUCCCACCAGCACCACUGCGCCAGCAAACCCUAUGGCGGUUGAGAUGGAGAGCGAGGGGCUGGACCACGGACAAGGAAGAAGGGAUGUAGAUGGAGGGAUAGAAAGAGUAAAGAAAGAGGAGGACCAAUUUUCUGAUAUCCUGACAGAGAUUCGGGCAUUGCGUGCUCUGGUUCUGGCUCAGGGUCACAGGAUCGACGUCCUGGAAAGGCAGCUCGCCCGUAUUGAGGAUGGAGAAGUGUGAAGGAAACUACAAACAUAUCACAACACAUAGCCUUACCCAGAUUCAGAAAGCUUCACUGAAGGGUUAUGGGAAAUAUAGUUCUAUUACUGUGGCGCAGAGAUGCAAAGACAUAAUUGAGCUUUGAGCUUUAUCGGUACACUUUGGGUUUAAAUGCACUGAUAUUACUAUCCUAAAUGCUGCUUUUAAUAGGGCUGUUACAUCAGGUACUUACUACUGCUAACUACAGACUUUGAAGUCUGAAUUUGGUUGGGUCAAUAUUUGCAUAAACAUGCAAGCUUUAAAUGAAAAGCAGAUUUGAUGAUCUCUUGUAGCCUCAACAUUUAUAAAUGCUUCUGCUUAAUGAAAGUAGUUUGGAUCUUGAAACCUUCAGGAAAUGUAAUAAUCCAACAUGCUGAAUUGAUUGCUUUCUUUCACUAAAGUUUGAUGGUGCUUAUCAACAUACGUACUUUGACCAGCACUGUUCAUGGGUUUAGCUGCCCUUUCUUCCAUUUGUAUGUCUUAACACACGUAGCAUUGACUUUGGAUGUUGUUAGAGUUUAAUAUGUGGAUAUGUGAGUAGCAUGUGAUAGAAACUGUACUUGGUGUUGAAGGAAUUUGUGAGAGUUUCCAAAAUGAAAUGCAGGUCUUAUAGGAAGAAAAAUAUCCGGGUCACAUUUCACCCCAAAGGCAAAAGUAUAAUACAUUUUCACCAUUGAUUUAAGUAUAUUCUGGAUAUUGUAAUUAUAAUUUUGUUUCUGAAUUAAUCGAUUUUGCUUAUAUUCCUUAUCAUUUUUUACCAUAUUGCAGUAAAAAAGUUGCUUUUAUUUUUUACAUUUAAACCAGAGUGAAUUAAAGGCAGUAUAACAAAUACUACUAUGAUACAUUAAUGAGUUUUACAAUAUGGUAAUCCAAAAUAUGCCUUAUUGUCAUGAAAAUGCAAAAAUCAAGAUUUUCUUUUCUUUAAACCAUGAUUAUCGAUAUAUAUCAUUCCUUUGAUUUGGGGUGGCCUGGACAUGUUCUUGGCAGGUUUGUUGAGAUUCAUUCUGUACCUCUCGAUGAAUAAUUGUGCUUCAUUCCUGUUUGAUUGAAUCUGAAAAAUAAUAGUAGAAUUAUGUGAUGUUGAUAGGUUUAGAUGGUGUUGUUUUUGUAUUUGUUUUAUUUUUAGUCUUUAAUCAUGGGCACUACAAUCAGGGAUGACUCAAACCGAGGGUCGACUCAUCCUCCUCUGUGAAUGAUUUUCUUUAAGUCUAGCUUUAUCAGCUGUAUAUGUUGUAAAUUAUCUAAGUAUCCAUGUACUUAAAACUUAAGUGCUAACUUAAUCUGUUCUUUUUAAUAAACGACAUUCACCCAUUUC